GUGAGUCGGCCGCCGGGUGCUGGGCGCUAGGUGCUAGGUGCUAGGUGCUAGGUGCUGGCUGCAGGCUGCAGGCUGCAGACGGCGGCGGCUGCGGCGUCUGGCGCGGGGAGAGCGGCUGACGCGAGGUAACCCAGGUGUGCUUCCUCCGCCCCACCCCUACGGAGACCCGCGGCGCUUCCUCGCCCACGAUGGGGAACCACUUGACGGAGAUGGCGCCCACUGCCUCCUUCCUGCCCCACUUCCAGGCCCUGCACGUUGUGGUCGUCGGGCUGGACUCUGCCGGAAAGACCUCCCUCCUUUACCGACUCAAGUUCAAGGAGUUUGUCCAGAGUGUCCCCACCAAAGGCUUCAACACGGAGAAGAUCCGGGUGCCCCUGGGGGGGUCCCGUGGCAUCACCUUCCAAGUGUGGGACGUGGGGGGCCAGGAGAAGCUGCGGCCGCUGUGGCGCUCCUACACCCGCCGGACUGACGGGCUGGUGUUUGUGGUGGACGCUGCCGAGGCCGAGCGGCUGGAGGAGGCCAAGGUGGAGCUCCACCGGAUCAGCCGGGCCUCGGACAACCAGGGGGUGCCGGUGCUGGUGCUGGCCAACAAGCAGGACCAGCCCGGGGCGCUCAGUGCGGCUGAGGUGGAGAAGAGACUGGCGGUCCGGGAGCUGGGAGCUGCCACGCUCACGCAUGUGCAGGGCUGCAGCGCAGUGGACGGGCUGGGCCUGCAGCCGGGCCUGGAGCGCUUGUACGAGAUGAUCCUCAAAAGGAAGAAGGCCUCCCGGGCGGGCAAGAAGAGGCGGUGACCUGGGGCCACCGCGCCCCACCUGGUAGGGGUCUGUACUUGGACAGCAAGUGGAGCCUGUGGCUGCUCAGGUAGCUGGGGGUGCAGGACCUGCGUGCCUCAGUGAGGGACAGAGGAGCGGGGGGACCCUGUCUUGGUGCCGUGUUGCAGCAGGGACUGGGAGAUGCGUCGCUCCCUCAUCCUUGCCUCCGGAGAAGUGGGGGCUGCAGACCGUGGAGGCCUGAACGGAGGCUGCGACUCUACCUCGACCCUGUUUCUCCUUUCUCUUCUCUGGCUUUUCCGUUGGCUGUGUUUUGAGGGGACGGACAUUGCUGGGAGACUGCGUGGGGAUGGAUGCUAAUUACCUCCCCACCCCACUUCCCCCCCAGCGGCACAGUGUCCCCAGGCUGCUGCUCGAGGACGCAGCAGUCACCACAGUCUUUAUUUUUGUGUCUGUGAAGUGCCGAGAACCCCUGCCCACGUUUGUAGACCCACAACCCUUUUUAUAAGCUGAGUGCGUCCUCGGUGUUAUUCCUGUUGACUGUUUUUAGCAUUUGCCUGUAAGUUAUUAAAGACUGAUUAUGCUGUA